UAUGCGCGAACAGAGACUCAUGUGGGGCAAAACAAAGAUGAGUGUAUUUUUUCCCGUUUUGAUCACUCGUAACAUUCCUUGAAUUGAAAAAUACGGAUUUAUUUGAUCCAUUAUCCCAUUUCUUUGAAUGGGAGUGUUAUUUGCAGGCUGAACAGGCUAACCGGAUCCCUUCUCUGUUUGCUGCUGUGCAGUGUCAGUGUGUGUGUGGGGGGGGGGUCAUGGUGUUAAUGAUGGAAUCGCAAUGCGAAUACUUUAUGUAUUUCCCUGCCGUCCCCAUCUCAGAUCUGUCGGACCCGGCUAGAUAUCGCACGCUUCCGCGUCGCAGCCAUCUCUAUCUCGGGGAAACCGUGCGCUUUCUUCUGGUUUUGCGCUCUCAGAACGUCGCAUCUGGUUCAGGAUCCUCAUCUUCCACUGGCACUGCGGCUGCUGUUGAUGGCAGCAGCGGGACGGAGCAUCACAACAGUCGCUCUUGGAGAGAGCUGGCCGACACUCUCUGCGCCGUGGCCAGCGUUUGCCCCGGCGACAACAGACAGCGAAGUCAGCCUUUGUAUCAUGACUACCACAGCAGCGGGGACGAGUGUGUGGAGGACACGGACGAUGAUGAUGCUGCUGCGGAUGUGGGCAGCGCAGGUAGAGGGGGCCCGAGGUUCCGGGGCUUCAGGGAAUGCAAGCCGCUCCUCAUUCACAACAGCUCGAGCAACGGCGUGAGGGAAUUCCGCAAGGCUCCUGUGCAGUCUCCUGUGGAUGAGCCAGUUGUUUUAAACGACGAGGUAAUCUUUCCUCUGACUGUGUCUCUGGAUAAACUCCCUGUCAACACUCUCAAAGUGAAGAUAAUAGUGACUGUGUGGAAGCAAGAAGAGGGGAAAGCAGAGAUCCAAGAACAUGGCUACCUCAGCAUCCUCCAACAGAAAAGCCCCUGCCAAACAUUCCGCCAGGACUUGAACACCUUCAAAGCCCAGGUCAGCACCACUCUUAAUGUCCUGCCCCCUCCCACAGUGAAGUGCCAGCAAAUGACUGUUUCAGGGAGACACUUAACCGUCCUGAAAGUGUUAAACAGGAGUUCUCAAGAGGAAGUGUGUGUUCGUGAUGUCAGAAUCCUCCCUAACUUCAAUGCCUCAUACUUACCAAUGAUGCCAGAUGGCUCAGUUCUGCUGGUUGACAAUGUUUGUCAUCAGUCAGGAGCGGUUGCUAUGGCGUCAUUUUAUAGGAUGGACAGUGAAUCUAGCCAUCUUCCCAGCUUGCUCAAUGCUUUGGAAGAGCAGAACUUUCUCUUUCAAUUGCAGCUCAGUAACCAGCCACAGGAUGAUUCAAGUGAGGGAUUGGAGGUGCCAUUGGUUGCAGUCUUACAGUGGUCCACUUCUAAACUGCCCUUCACCAAUUCUAUUUACACUCACUAUAGUCUCCCUAGCGUGAGGCUGGACCGGCCACGCUUCAUCAUGACUGCCAGCUGUCCCAGUGCCGUCAAGGCCCAUGAGCAUUUCCGGGUGCGAUACACUCUACUCAACAACCUUCAGGACUUCCUUGCUGUCCGAUUAGUCUGGACACCUGAAGGUCGAGCGCAGAAAGAGGACCCUGCAGUAAAUGCAGUAGUGUGUCAUUCUCCUCUCAGCAACCUAGGAUACUGUCGGAAAGGCAGUACCAUCUCCGUCAGUGUGGCUUUCCAGAUACUCAGAGCAGGACUUUUUGAGUUGAGUCAGCACAUGAAGCUGAAGCUACAGUUCACAGCAUCCGUAUCCAACCCUCCCCCUGAUGCCCGACCUUUGUCUCGCAAGAACAGUCCUUCCAGCCCAGCAGUCAGAGACAUUCUGGACCGACAUCAGGCCAGUCUUAGUCUGGGCCGCUCUCAGUCCUUCUCGCACCAGCAACCAUCCAAAUUCCACCUCACGAGGACAGGCAGUGUUAUGGAGCGCAGGGCCAUCACCCCUCCUGUGGGCUCUCCUGUUGGUCGUCCCCUAUACCUCCCUCCAGACCGGAACAUUCUUUCACUCGACAAAAUUGCCAAGCGUGAGUGCAAGGUGCUCGUAUUGGAUUCACACACUUAAAUACACACAUGCAGAGGAGGUGGGAAAUUAUUGAUCUUAGGUACAUAAUAAUGUGUCAUAGAGUAUAUUUAAAAAAAAUGUUUAAAUCCAUGGACUUUAGGUUUUAUUACAAUAUGUUUUUAUGCUGUUGUCUUUUUACCUGGUUUCAUUGUUUACAUGCUGUACAGUAUGGUUCUUUAAAAUAAUUUCAAUGCUUUAUGUGCAGCCACUGUUUUUGAAUGAAAGGAUGAAAAACAUUCACAUGCACAUACAGUAUGUCACAGGGUUUUUUUUUUUUGUGGCUUAUCUGUAGGAAAUUUCACUGGAGACAUGAAGUUCUGAAACUUGUGUUGCUUAAAGAUAAAAUGGUGUAUUCAUGAUUGUUUAAGAGGAGAUGGGUAAAUACCCCAUUUUGAAAGCGUGUAAUGAGCGAUUAGUGUUUUCUUUUCUCUCCAUAUAUGCUACUUAGUAUUGGAUAGAUAUUUUGGACAUUUUACAUUUCAUUUGUCAACUCUGCCAAAAUUCCCCUGCCCAUUCUAUCUUUUUGCAUUCCAGUAAUUUGCUUUACUUUGUGAAAGUGCUUUUAUUAUUUUGAUAGUUUUUCUUAAUUACUUUAAAGAUUGUUUUCAAAGAAGCAGUUUUCAGUCAUGUUUAAACUGAAUUUUAUUUGAUCUGAUGGUGAAGUAUAUCUGCAUUAUUCUGCCCUGCAGUGUAACUGCAUGUCACCAAUAUUCACACUUCCUUUCUGAAUAGUUGGUAGUGACUUGUUGGUAAAUUUAUAUUUAUAUUAUGUUUAAAUUAUUUCACUGUUAUAAAUUCCUCAAGCUGUGUUCAGCAUUGUACAGCAUUCCCAUAUGUUCUCACACAAACGUUUGAGGCCUUAGAGCUGGCAAAUUAAGUCACUUCCAGUUCUUAAUGGUGGACACUGUUUUAUUUAUGCUUCUUCUUUUAUGACUAAGCAAUAUUCUGUGUAUCACAUUACUAUAAUAACAUGACUGAGAGGCAUGUUGCAUCACAUUCAGUGUUCUGCAGAAUAUAUGAUCAUCAGAUGUAGGAUCAUCUUUCUUUUGCCCCAGAAUGACCUUUGCCAUCUCCCACUAGAUGUAUAAACCGAUUCCAGGUUAGCAUCAGAGCAGAUGCUAUUUCUAAGGAUUUCUAUGCAUUUACAUUGACCAUGCAUGUUUUAGAGAGAGAUGCAUAUCUACAACCCCUUUGGCUGUACUGGUAAUCAAUAAUCAACUGACGUAACGCAUCACCCCAUCUUGCCAUUUAAUGGGUUUUUAUUGAUUUAUUUGCAUCAGUGUUACAUAUCUGUGCAUUUUUGUGGAGUGUGAGUUUGUGGUCCUGCUAUAAAACUACUGAAAAAUCAUUGGGACUGAAAAAAAUGUGUAGAAUAUUGCACUUUGGUUUUAUAUUAUUUUGAAAUUUCUAUUUGAGGUCCUUGUCAGCGGAUACAGGAUUUUGAAUGUUUACAUUUAAGACUAAAAUGUUAGGAAAGACGUCUGUUAUUCUGAGGAAUCAUAAUAGACUGAUCCAUCUGACAUCACAAAAUGUUAUGUCAAAACCAUGUUGUGGAACAACAAUAUGUAUGUAUUAUAUUUUAAUGUCAACAAAAGAUGUAUUUUAAUUAUCUAAUUUAAACCAUUUGCCUUACACAAUCCAUAACUGCAUCCUAGCCAGCCUAGUUUAUUUUUCAGACUACAUGGCUUUAGAGGCAUCAAAAGACUGCAUUUCAUUUGAAAAAUGAUGUUCAGUUUUGUGUAAGGUAAGCAAUUUAUUUGAAAUGUUCUAACUUAUUGUUUUUUUAGAAAAAUAAAUGUUCUGAAGACUUUUUGUGCGCUGCUGUUCAACACUGUUAAUUGAGAACAUUGGCAUUAGUUUUCUUUCCUCUUGACAAGGCAAAUCACAAACUGGCAUAUUUUGCAUAAUUGGCUGUGAAAAAUCUGUUUGGCAGGGAUGAGAAAUGUCAGCUGCAACCAUUGGAUUUACUCCCAGUCUAUAAAUACACAGAGGUUAAAAGUUGCUCAAAAGUUUGUGAAACUGAUAGCACUUGUGUUGUUCCCAGGUAUAAGUCUGAGGCAAUAUAUGUUGAGUAUUGAGCGUUUGGACAGCAUUGUGUAUUGCCAAGAAGUGCAAAGAUGUUCUUCUGGAGGGAAAUCCUUUUGGCACUCCUUAGUCAUUAUGAAAGCUUGUAAAGCAUGACAAAUGUUACUCUUUUUUUUCUUUGAAGUGCUGCAUUGUCUCUUUUUUGUUUUUAUAUGCCUUGAAUUACAUUUUAACACUUUUGUGAACAUUUCAAACAGCAUUGUUGGAAAUGUUGGUUAUUGAAUUGUUGCACUCUUUAUGAACAAGUUCAAUAAAUAAAUCCAUGGCAUAAAAUGUUUAAAUUUUAAUAAAAUGAUAAAAGCACAGAAAAUGC